UGAGGGAGAGCGGGGCCAGGGAGUAGGGUAGUGGGGGGGAUGGGAUUUUCGAGUCUGAUGGGCAAAGGGUGAAAUAUUAUUUUUUUAACAAGUGGAAAUCCGGGAAUGGACACAGUAGAGGGGCCUGGGAUUCGGACCGUGGAGCUGGCGAAUGGUUUGAAAAUCCCAAUCCUCGGUCUCGGCACAUCACAUCACGGUGGCUAUUCCCAUUCUUCAGUUGUGUAUGCCUUAAAAGAAUGUGGCAUUCGUCACAUUGACACUGCAAAAAGAUAUGGCUGUGAAUCACAUCUGAAGAAAGCAAUCAGAGAGAGUGGCGUGAAUCGGGAGAGCCUGUGGAUAACUACAAAACUCUGGCCUGGGGACUAUGGCUGUGAAACCACUAAAGCAGCUUGUUUGGAUUCCUGCAAAAGACUCGGUCUGGAUUACAUCGAUCUUUAUCUCAUGCACUGGCCUGAUGGAAAUGCCCUGGGCAAAACAAAUCGAGAACUCCGAGCUGAAACUUGGCAAAUAAUGGAAGAACUGUAUGAUGAAGGGAUAUGUCGAUCCAUUGGAGUGAGCAAUUUCCUCGUUUCUCAUUUAGAGCAGCUGAAGGAAGAUUGUGACAUCAUCCCACAUGUCAAUCAGGUUGAAUAUCAUCCUUUCCAGAGGCCCCAGGAACUAGUGAACUACUGCAGAAGCCAUGGAAUAGUCUUUGAAGGGUAUUGCCCACUAGCUAAAGGACAGGCUUUGUCACAUCCUGACAUUAUCAAGAUGGCAGAGAAAUAUAACUGCUCACCCGCUCAAAUCUGUAUACGUUGGAGCAUACAAAAUGGAGUUGUCACCAUUCCAAAGUCUACAAAGAAAGAAAGGAUUUGGGAAAACUGUCAGGUAUUGCAUUUUUCUCUUACGGAGGAUGAUGUUGCAGUUCUAAAUGGAAUGCAUAAUGGCCUGCAUGUGUCCUGGGAUCCUACAAAUAUCGAAUGAUGUCUUUGAUUUUUCACUCAGCAAAGAAGACAUGAUAUUUCUAAACUCACUGAAGAAUACCAAAAAGCUGAUCAUGCUGAAUUACCCUUUAUGGAAGGAACAGGAAUUCCGAUCAGAACCAACUAUUGUCCAUUAAAUGUGUUGAGACAGUUUUUGUCUAUGCCUACAAUGUGUUGUAUAACAAAAUUGACACAUUUAUUGAGGAUUUUUAUUUUCUUUGUUGCAAUUCAAUGCCCCAGUUGUUUAGUUUUAUCUUUUCCAUUAAAGGAGUACUCCAGGAAAACGUUAUGGGAGUCAAGUUUGUGCCCUCAAAUUGUAGAAUUGUUGCAUCCUAAUGUCAAGCAAUUUCUAAUUUAACCUUGAAUCUUAAUUAUUCCACAUCUUUUAUUUUACUUUUUAGCAUUGAGAAUUGAAGAUUAUUCUAUUUCAGGCACUCAGUGCCAUAUCAGUGGCUGAUUUGUUUAUAUUUUCCAUUUCUUUUCAUCUUAUUUUUAGCUACUAAUGCAAAACCCAUGCUGCCAUUUACAGAUACAAGCAAAGAACAAUUGCUACAUUUAUCCCAAUGUGUGGAUUGGCCAUUGAGAAAUUAAAAGUGAAAUAAGAGACGCAUGAUCAUUUUAAACUUAUGGUUAACCUGGCGUUCUGAUCUGAAUUAUGCAACAGGGCAUAGAAUGUUUAAGUGUAACAAACCCAAAUUUGUUAUUAUUUGUAAUUUUUUCAUAGGAAUUUCUGGGGCAUGGCUCUGAGAUAAGCCUGAGAGUAACUCCUGAUAAGUAUUUAAAGUAACCAGCAAAUCAUGUAAAAAAAACCUGUGUGCCUGUAACAAUAUCCUGGACUGAUUACUUGAAUUGCAAGUGUUUAUAUUUAAUUAAAAUGUUUGUGUACGUAAUCAAAUUGUAGAAUAAUUGCAUCUAUUAAAAAUGGUUUAUACCAAAUUUUUAAUGAAUACCUUGGCAUGAUGACAAAGCCAUUGAGCAAUUCAGAUGGUCACCUUUUCCAAAGUCCAAAACAUACUGAGGAAUAGAUUAGGGCUGGGGGUUUAGCUUGCAUUUUGAUGACUUCUCUUGCUAUUGAAAUUCAUUAGAAAUCUUGCUAGUGCAUCCACACCAUGAGAUCACAUCACUAAAUAAAUGGGGAAAAAAAUAGACUUCUGUUUUAAAAACCAGACUUUCGUUAGGUUUGAAUUUUAGAAAUUUGACAGCCUUAAUUUCAUGUGAUACUAAAAUACAACAGCAAUGCAUAGGUCUAAAUGACAUCUGUAUCCUGCAAUGACAAAUAGUCUCGACACCUGGAUCUAUGCUUUUCUUACAGUAAAUAACGUGAGAUUCUUUUUAUUUCUUUGCUAGCUGCUUCUCCUAUGACAGAAUCAGCACACAGUGCCAGAUCAUGAUAGAUUGUGGGGCCAAUGCCCACACGAUCUUUAUGCUGGAAUCCUGCUCCCAGUUGACGCAUCCAGGGAAGGUGACAAAUCAGUGCCAAGCGCCUACCCAUCGAAAUAGCAGCAGUCAAAUAAUGCUAAUCAGCAAAGCUGUUUAACAGAGUUACAGGCUCAUGACCCUGAAAAUGGUGUCCUGCUGAUUACUGAAAGCUCAAACAUUGCUUCCCACACUUUCUUAGCAGAGUUAAUCACCAUUUUUACAUAGCACUAGAAUGAGUUACAUAAAGACUCGAGAAUUAGGGAUAAAAACUAAAAAAACACUGCAACUGCGUAGCUGGUCAGUCAGCACCUGAAAUUGCUGCUGCUUGUAGUUACUCCUACCAGCAGGUCUGCUGUUAUGGUAUGUCACGUUCAUCUAUCUUGCGCCAUCAUCAUACAUCCACUGUAGCUCGUCUGUAAUCUCAAAUCGAUGGUCUCACAUUUUGGGUAGAAUCAUUAAUCAAACUUCCUAUCAGUGAUUAAUUUUCCCUGAUCUUUGAACUGUAGAUGAAUGGACUGCAUUUGUAACUGUGGUAAAUAUAAAUGUGUUAGAAAGUAAAGCGGUACUGAGUGUGUAACAUGCAGUUUCAAUACCUGAGACUGAAGAAUCCACAGCUAGCAGUCUGAAAAUCAGCUCUACUCUGCCAGGUGUGUUUGAAUCUCACUCACUGCAAACGCUGCGUUUAUCUGCGCUCACCUAAACUUGAAUUCCAUACACACAACUGUGUAUUUCAGGAAUCACUAUGAUAAUUGUAAGUGGGUGGGUAUUAGAAAAUUUACCCCUUCCAAUGCCAGGAUCCAGCGUUUGAUUCAAGGAAGUGAAAAUUUGUUGGUACAACAUAAUUUUUUGGCAGAGGUGCACUUCCGAAUUUCAGGUUAAAUUGCAUUGUUGGGUAUAGAAUAAGGAGCUUGCUAUUCUUGAUCUGAGAUGCUUGAUAAAGGUACUGCAACUGACAUGAAAAUAUUUAAUGGGAAUAAAAUUAAUGCUUCUAUCUUA